CGCGCUGCAGAGGCGCCGGAGGGGCGGGGAUAGGCGGGCGGGGCGGGACGGGGGCGGGGGCAGAGGCCGGCUGGGAGGGAACUGGAGGAGCGAAGGGGCCUAGAGGUCUUCGCCGAAACCGUGUGUGUGAGGCCGGCGGCCGGCAGGAGAGGCGUCCGGGGUGGACUGGCCCGAGAGGGAGCCCCUUUCCCGAACGGCCGGAGGAGGCCACCUAGAGGGCGGACAGAGGCAGGGAGGGCCAGCAUGCCCCCAAUGCUCUUCCCCGCCCUGCCGCUGCUCCUGGGCGCCACGCUGACCUUCCGGGCGCUCCGGCACGCGCUCUGUCGCCUGCCUCUGCCUGCGCACGUGCGCGCCGACCCCCUGCGCACCUGGCGCUGGCACAACCUUCUCGUCUCCUUCGCCCAUUCCAUUGUGUCAGGGAUCUGGGCGCUGCUGUGUAUAUGGCAGACCCCUGAGAUGCUGGUGGACGUUGAGAGCGCAUGGUCGCUUUCUGGCUAUCUGCUUGUUUGCUUUUCCGCAGGGUACUUCAUCCACGACACACUGGAUAUUGUGGUUAGCCAACAGGCACGAGCUUCUUGGGAAUACCUCGUCCACCACGUCAUGGCUAUGGGUGCCUUCUUUUCAGGCAUCUUUUGGAGCAGAUUUGUUGGUGGGGGCGUCCUAACACUGCUGGUGGAGGUCAGCAACAUCUUUCUCACAAUACGCAUGAUGAUGAAGAUCAAUAAUGCCCAGGACCUCCUCCUCUAUCGAGUCAACAAAUACAUCAACUUGUUUAUGUACUUUCUUUUCCGACUGGCCCCUCAGGCGUACCUCACCCAUUUCUUCCUGGGUUACGCCGGCCAGAGGAACCUGGGAACCUUUCUGCUGGGCAUCCUGCUUAUGCUGGACGUCAUGAUCCUCAUCUACUUUUCCCGCCUCCUCCGCUCUGACUUCUGCCCCCAAGGUGUCCCCAGCCGGCAACACAAAGACAAGUUCUUGAUUGAGUGAAAAACGCAGUUAGGGACUUGUGGUAAGGACAGCAAACACAGCCAAGAACACCCUCACACGGACUGAGAAGAGACUUAUUAGCCCCUUGCCUGAGGUGUCCUCUGGGGCCAGCCACUCCACCUUUCAAGCCUGCACCCACUAUUGAAAACACUAAUGAAAGCACUCUUCUGAAGUCCUUGUCCUUCCUUGGGCAAGGGGUGAGGGAAGCAGACAGACCGGUUGGACAUGGUAGAUGGGUAUGGGGACAAGGUGCUACUGGAAAGCCAGCCAACCCACACUGCCCUGAAAUGGAUGCUAAUGAAAACUCUGGAUACUGGUUUCAUACAAAGCCUCUUCCAGAGAUGAAGGAAGGGGUUCUUGCAAAGCUUCUUGCUUGGUCUCUUACCUCAUGAUGGAGGCCAAGUUGUAGUUGUCCUAAGAUGUGUCUGGGUCACAAAUAUCUGUUACAGGUAUGGUGAGGUGAUAGGGCUGAGUGUUCCAACAGGUUAAGUAGACCAAGAGUCUUGCCCAAGCCCUGUUACUUAGGUGUGUAUAUACCAUAGUAUGGCCUCCCACCCAGAAAUCAACAGAAAGAAAAGAAGCAUACAUCUAGUGAAAACUUUUAUAUUUAGAAUUAGUCAGCUGGACUCAGUUUAGAUGAUCCCAAUCUGAAAAACAAAAGGGAGCUUUGUUACUGGGAGUUGAAAUGUGAAUAUUAAGCGGGAAAUGUCAAAGUUAAAAAGCAAAUUGAGGGCAUAUGGUGAGGGGUAGGGCCUAUUAAAGACGGGGCGCAGUCAGUUGAAACUAAUCACCGAAGUCAAAGUUUGGUAACUAACAGACACAUCAUUUGCACCCAGGAAGCGGGGGUGUUAAGGAGUUUGUAGCAAAGGAAGCUUACUUUGUUGGCAACAUCCAAAGCGUCAUAGUCAGGAGCCAGUCGAACAUAUGCCUUCUUCUCUCCAUCAGGCCUAGGGUGGAGAAGGAAGCCUUAGUCCCUACUGCCCUCACUGCCCCCAUAUGCCCUUCCUUCCUCCCCAGUCUUCUGGCAUAUCAGUGGUUCCUUUGUUCAUGUCACUCCCCCGCCCCAAAUAGUGAUUUUUCCAUCAUUUGCGCAGAGGGGGUCAGGGAAGCCACUAAGCCACAAAUGAAGCCAAUUCCAUUUUAUGGGAAACACCACAGGCAUCCUGACAUUAACUGUAUCUUACUCUAGGGUCUGCUUCUGUCUAGAGAUAGGGAUCAAGAAAAUGAGCAUCAACCCCUUAAGUCCUAGAGGAAGGACAGCUGAUGUUUCCUCAGAAGUCCAUACUCCAUACAAGGGGCUGCAAUUACAGCAGGGGCUGCUCACUGGGAAGUCUACUUCUGAUCCCAAAAGCAGCAUCAAGGAAUUUCAUGCCAUUCUGGUUUCCUGGCUUCUGACAAGAGGCCCAGAGGCCCCGGGUUCCUCCCCAUCCCACAGGACUCCACUCACCUGAUCAGGGUGUUGACCUUAGCCACGUCAAUGUCAUAGAGCUUCUUCACAGCCUGUUUAAUCUGGUGCUUGUUGGCCUUGACAUCCACAAUGAACACCAGUGUGUUGUUGUCUUCUAUUUUCUUCAUGGCUGACUCGGUGGUGAGGGGGAACUUGAUGAUGGCAUAGUGGUCAAGCCUGGGAGAGGCAAAAUGGGGUCAGCUGGCUUGGGCCCAGUACAAUAAAGAAUGCGCCCUCUUUUUGAGCCCAGGUGCAUCAGACAACGAGGUAGCAAUCAUUUGUGUCAGACUUUGGUCGCUGAACAGUGUCAUCACGUGCACCCUGAAACUUAGGGACCUGGAGCCUCAGCUUGGGGACAUCUCAAGGGCUUUCACGUUAAGUGAUUAAACAAUCAUUUUUGAGUUCCAACUUUAUUCAUUCUUUUACCUGACCUCAACAUUUCUGAAGAGCAAAUUUCUAGAAGAAAUUUGAGACUUAAAAGGUUAGACAACUUAACCCAAGAGCACAAAGUUAAGACUAUGGGAUCUAGAAACUCAGGCUAGGGUUCCAAAGAAUGUUGGUGCUUCACUAUGAGGCUGAAUUGACUGUUUUGCCCCCUUUGGUUGCUGAAAACUGGCUUACAAGCCAUCAAUUCUUGAAAGCAACUUUUUAUUUACAGCUCAGGUUAGUUACAGUGGCCAUCUAACACAGCUUUCCCCCUGAAAUUUAGAGAAGCAAGGCUCUAUUUGCCUGGGUACACCAUCCUCUUUUGAAGAGAGAUCAGAUCUCAAUCUCUCAUCACACUAAAUUCUAGGUCCAAAUGGCAGUAAAAAGUCUGUCAAGUCCAUUUCUCCGUGGACACAAUCCACUCUCCUGCCUUUUUCUUAGGAAGCAGUGGGAAGACCCACUGGUGAUAACCACUACCAUGGCUCUACUCUAAACUGUGCUCCCUAAGGUCGGUCAUUACCACUAGUGACACCGAAACACUCAAGUACCCUAACCUUUUCCACUCACUCCCCCAACCAUUCCUUGAGUGUAAACAUUUGGGAAAGUGAAUGAAAAGAAGUUGCCAUACACUGCUGCAGGUCUUCACCGUCCAAUACAGAUAAAUGAAUCUCAUCAAUCUGGAAUCAUCCCACAUCCUCACCUUACAGGACUAUUCCCCACAGCAAAGAUUUAAAAAAAGUGCAAUGAGGAGCAACCUAAACCUGGAACCCCCAAACAAAGAACAUCUAAGUCCCACUUUAUGCUCACGAGAAGGUAGACUACAUAUGAAAUGAUGAUUAACCUAACAAUUCGCUAAUCUUGACAGUGACUCUGGGUUGUUUUAAACAAUUCUUGCUAAUAUGCUAAACACACCUCCUUUCGUUUUUAAAGAGGGCAUUAUUCUCUUCAUACUUCCUUUAGAGAAGCACACUAGGUACCAACGUGGUUUUGAGAAGCCAUGCUCUAGGUUUGGUAAAUUUCCAAAUUACCAAUGGAGGAUACCCAAACAUCUUUUCAUGGGUACGGGGCAGUACUGACUUGUUUCUCCUAGGGGCGCUCUUCCGAGGAUAUUUGGGCUGCCUCCUGAGCCGCAGUGUUUUGGGCCGUCGGAAGGUGGGUGACGUCCGGAUCUUCUUUUUUUUGUGGCUGUGUACGCCUUUCAACACUGCUUUCUUGGCCUUCAAAGCUUUUGCUUUGGCUUCGGCUUUGGGAGGGGCAGGGACUGAGAGAAGGAAAGAAGGAAAGAAAAAUCCCGAGGAUGCGAGAUUCAGAAAUCAAUCACUUCCGGCCUCAAGACCCAUAGUGGGCGCCCCAGGCCACACGUGCAUCAGUGGUUCCUUUGAAGACAUCACAAGUCUCAGGAAUUUAAAAUUUUUCCAUCAUAUGCACGUUUCUAGGGGGAACUUGGGAUACGAUGAGAAAGAAACUAGCAAUGACCGAAAGCUUGACACUUGAUAAAAAUGUGAACUAGUAGUUUUAUGCAUACCGUCGCCCAGCCAUUGGCGAAGAGUAUAUAGCCCCAUUUAACAUGGGGAUAAAAGAGAAGUUGAGGGUACCGAUUCCUUACAUGUCUAGAGACAUGGAGCUCCCCAGAGCCGACUGUUUGGCUGUCCCCCGCAGGUGGUACCGGCCGGGCUUGCCUCCCCAACACCCUUCACUGAAGCCCAGACCGUGCGGCUGGGCCCACGCGCUCCUCAGCGUUGCCAAAACUCGAGGAGCUGUCCCACAGCACACACCGCAAGGCCUGGCCCAGCCAUCAUCCUCCCAGUCCAUUCACUCUGCGGGGACCCCAGGCCAGCCAGCUGUGUAUCCCCAGCCCCAGCACACACCUUCCUUCUUCGCUUUCGGCGCCAUCUUCGUGAAAAGAGUUUCCGAGACUUGUUCCCACGGGCUUAUAGAGUCAAGUCUCACAGAAGACUCGCGAUACUUUUUAGUUAAAGCUGAUUGGAUACUCUGCAGCGCGACGCCCGCCGGGAAUGGUAGUUAGAUUUUAUUUCCUCGCGAGAGCGAUUAAACUAGCACCACCCCUCCGUUUGUUAGACCCUAAAGCUUCAUGGGGGUUGUAGUGUUUUGGAGACGCGUGUUUAUUUUAUGUGGCGGGUGGAUGGUGUAGCCUGCGGCUGCACGGGACUGAGCGCUUCACAUCUUGAGCAACUUUAGGGAGAAGGAUUACAGGAUUGCAGUUACACUGCAAACUGGAAUUAAUAUACUGUAGUUAGAUUGACUCAGGUAGAGUGAAGCAAAAUUCUAUAACGUUAGAGCAGAAUUUGCCCAGUCCAACUCCCUCAGACAUCUGUGGAAAUUGAGGUCGAGAGAGGGGACACGGCUUAUUUAUAACACGGUGAUUAGGUGGCGGAAAAAGUCGAGUCAGGCGGAGGGGAAGAGCAAAGUGUCAGAAGAGGUAGGAGGUGGCCACAUUGCCCCUAUGACAGAUUUCAUGCUGUCUUCCCGAUAACACUCUUGAAGAGACUACCAAUUAUUCCAAAUACCCAGAGAUCAGAUUUCUCCAGGAUACGCUCGUUCUUCUUGGGAAUAAUUUCAUUCACAGUCCCCUCCCUUUAAGCAGUCUUCUCUUCCUUGAUCCAGUCAUCUUUGUGUCCCCAAAUUCAGUUCCUGACACAGAGCAAGGUUUAGUAAACGCUCGGGUUUUCUUCUUUGAACGACUGUGCUUAUCCCAUAUCACAUCUCCUUUCUGUCCUGCCCCUCCUCUCUUGGAAUCACCUUUGAAGGUGAGAUUUGUUGUGUGCUACCCCCUCUUCUAGCCUGCAGACUGCAAAAAGGAAAA